CUGCAGAGAGGAUGAGAGGUGGACUUUUUUAAUUCAAGAGAGAGGAAGCCAGAGUUUUCAAAAGGCAGAAGAGAAGUGGAGAGAAGAGAGAGAAAGAGAUGAGAGAGAGAGGGGGGAGGGGUUUAACGUUUUAAAAGGGUAGGCAUGAGUGAGGGAGGAAGCAUCCUUAAAAGCAGAAAAGGAGAACUGGAUCACAGUUGGGAUGUUCGUUUCAGACACGGUGGCUUUAAAUGCUCCUUAACAACUUCAUUCAACCUCUGUUCAGUCAGUAAAUCUUCUCUAUCUUCUUCCCUGCCCCAUUCUCUCCCUAAGGUUCACAGGUAUUCUGCAACCCACUUGUUCAAACUUCAUCCUGGUCUCUCUCGCUCUCUCUCUCUCUCCUCUCUCUCUCUCAACCACUUGUUCAAACUUCAAAGUGGGUUCUCUCUCUCUCUCUCAUGUUCACCUUUGAGCUUCUCUUGGACACUAAGGGUAGGAGCCCAAGAAUGGAUAGGUUUCUGCUGCACUGGGGACUCUUCCUUGGCCAAGUACUGCAAUUCUGUGUUCUACGUGGGGCUUUGGAGAAAUUGGGUCUUCUUUAACAGCAGAAAUAUCAUUGUUGAGAGAUUGGGUCCCGCUCAAUUCCGUUGUGAAAUUUGUUGUGGUUCUUCGGUUGUUUUCAUGGUGAAGCUUUUAUCAUAGUUAUGCUCACAGAGCAAGUUCACGUAUUUGUUCUCUUUCACAUUAGAUAGCAAUUCUCUUUCUCCAUUGUCUUCUAAUUACCUUUGUACAUUUUGGUUUUUGUUGACCUUUGAUGUGAAUUUCAUGGUCACACCUCUAUUACCUGAUGCAAUGCGGUGGUUUCUAUAAAAUUGGUUGGACUCAGAUAUGCAGUUUGAAAGAAAAUAUCUUGGGCUCAUUUUCUUGGUUCCUGGUGUGAAGAAAGUCCAGGGAAAUUAGGUUUCCUGUAAAUUCAUCAGGUAUUCUUUGCCACUCUAUAUUUGUACAUGUUUUUGUUUUCUCAGAGCUAUUUUUGAGAAGUGAAAUUUUGGUGAUAUAGAAACAAAGUACAGUCACAAUCUUAUGGCUAAGAGAAUCAUGGCUUUUGUGAAUUGGGUUGGAGGUCUUUACAUGGUUCUGAUAAUUUCUUCAAGAACCAGUCUCUGUGCUACCCCAAAUUCCGGUCGCAUCGAGCCUGGUUUUCGUGGGUCUCAGAUGAAUUGGAUCGAUAACCAGGGUUCGUUCCUCUUCUCCAAGGGCCAAAGUUUCGUUUGUGGUUUCCGUAACAUAGGGGAUGUCACGUUGUUCACUCUAUCAGUAUGGCAUGUUAGAAGUUUGAGGGUUGUUUGGACCGCAAAUAGGGACUCCCCGGUUCGAAACUCCGAUGAUUUCGUGUUCUCGGAGGAUGGGAACACAUAUUUGGAGUCAAAUGGGUCCCCAAUUUGGUCGACCAACACAUCAGAAAAAGGAGGGAGCUCCUUAGAAUUGCAGGAUUCAGGUAACUUGGUAUUGCUCACUAAUGAUUCCAGGAUACUAUGGCAAAGCUUCGCCAACCCAACUGAUACUCUUCUAUCUGGUCAGAACUUCACUCAAGGAAUGGAACUUGUGAGCAAUUCGAGUAGCAGUAACAUCUCCUCUGGUAAUUACCACCUAAGAAUCGAUUCGGGGGAUAUGAUGCUCCUUAUCGAUUUCAACCCACCACAAUUGUAUUGGUCCAUGCAGAAGGAUACCAGGCAAACCAUUGCUCAACUUAGUGGUGACAUCUAUUCUGCGACUUUAACUUCAAAUUCAUGGAUGACCUAUAACAAAAGGGGGACCUUAUUGGGCCAGGUCAUCUUCUCAGGCGCUUCUGAUCCUAAUGCUACUUGGGCUGCAGUUUUGGGACCCGAUGGGUCAAUAUCUUUCUAUAACCUGCAAAGUGGGGGCUCAAUGGCUGAAUCGACCACCAUUCCGGCUAGUGUUUGCCAGAAGCCCGAGAUUUGUGGUCCUUAUUAUGUUUGUCAAGAAGAUUCAAGUUGCAGGUGUCCCCCAAUCUUGAGCUCUGCGACUUCUUGUGCUUCCUCAGUUGUGUCAUCCCCUUGUAGAUCAAAUGGGUCGGUCCGGCUUGCAGAGAUAGGCGAUGGUUUGAGCUAUUUCGCCAAUGACUUCAUUUCCCCUUUGGAAAAACAGAGCCUCUCGAGUUGCCAAGGUGCCUGCCAGAAUAAUUGCUCUUGCAUCGCGUUAUUCUAUGACAAUAGCUCAAGGCGUUGCCUUUUGUACUCUCAGCUAGGAAGCCUGCAACAGGUUAGUGGUCCCUCUAAUGGCUAUGCUGCCUAUAUUAAGGUUUCAAAUAUUGGUGACAAUGGGUCCUCAAACCCUGAGGACGGGGGCCAAAAACACUUACCCAUCAUUGCAAUUAUAAUCAUAGCUGUGAUGACAAUUGUGGUGAUCAUGGGUCUCAUCUUUCUCGUAUAUAGAUAUCACAGGAAGAGGAGAUCAACUGAAUCGUUACGCGAAUCAUCAGAAGAUGAUACAUUCUUGGAGGGUUUAUCAGGAAUGCCUGUUCGUUACAGUUAUAGAGAGCUCCAAUUGGCUACUAAUAACUUUACCAACAAGCUCGGUCAAGGUGGAUUUGGUUCGGUUUAUCAGGGAGUGCUCCCUGAUGGCACCAGGAUCGCAGUGAAGCAAUUGGAGGGCAUAGGUCAAGGGAAGAAAGAGUUUCGUGCCGAAGUGAGCAUCAUAGGGGGUAUUCACCACGUUCACCUUGUGAGGCUAAGAGGCUUUUGCGCUGAGGGCACACACAGGCUGCUUGCUUACGAGUACAUGGCCAAAGGUUCUCUGGACAAAUGGAUAUUUCGAAAAGAUGAGGGGUGCUUCUUGUUGGACUGGGACACUCGAUACAACAUAGCUUUGGCCACAGCAAAGGGGUUGGCCUAUUUGCAUGAAGAUUGCAACGUGAAAAUUGUUCACUGUGAUAUAAAGCCAGAAAAUGUGCUCUUGGAUGAUAAUUUUGUGGCGAAAGUUUCAGAUUUUGGGCUCGCUAAGCUUAUGACUAGGGAACAGAGUCACGUAUUCACCACGCUCAGGGGCACAAGGGGGUAUCUUGCUCCAGAGUGGAUCACAAACUAUGCCAUAUCGGAGAAGAGUGACGUAUAUAGUUUUGGUAUGGUUUUGUUGGAGAUAAUUGGGGGGCGGAAGAAUUUCGAUCCUGUUGAGAGCUCAGAGAAGGCCCACUUCCCCUCAUAUGCUUUCAAGAAAAUGGAAGAAGGGAAAUUGAAGGACAUCAUCGAUGAAAACUUGCACUGUGACGAGAAGGACGAAAGAGUGGAGAUUGCAAUAAGAAUAGCAUUGUGGUGUAUACAAGAAGACAUGUCUUUGAGGCCGCCUAUGACCAAGGUGGCGCAAAUGCUUGAAGGCAUCAUGGAGGUGCCCCAGCCCCCCACUUCUUCUCAGUUUGGCUUCCGAGUAUAUUCAAAUUUUUUGAAACCUAUAAGUGAAGGGGGAACUUCGUCAGAUCCAUCUGACUGCAACAGUGAUGCAUUCCUGUCUGCAGUCCGUCUAUCUGGACCCAGGUAACUUAUGGAGUAGAUUAUGAAGCAGCUCAUCCAUCAAGGCGUUAAUGGAAAUGAGCCAUUUUUUUUAGGAUUUUUCAAUGGCUUGAAAAAUGCGUUAUUUAAUAGAUGUGGGUAGCUUGGAUUUUUACAUCCUUGUACUUGUUGAGGUUUUGAAUGAGAUUAUAAUGUACUUUAGUCCAGAUUCAUUGUACCAUGAUGCCUUUUCUUCGUUU